ACCAAGGUGUACGUGGGGAACCUGGGCACGGGCGCCGGCAAAGGCGAGCUGGAGAGAGCCUUCAGCUACUAUGGACCGCUGAGAACCGUGUGGAUCGCCAGGAACCCACCGGGGUUCGCCUUCGUGGAGUUCGAAGACCCCCGCGAUGCUGAAGAUGCUGUGCUUGGCCUCGAUGGGAAAAUAAUAUGCGGCUCCAGGGUCAGAGUGGAAGUAUCCACAGGGAUGCCGCGCCGCUCCCGCUACGACCGGCCCCCUGCCCGGCGCCCCUUCGACCCCAACGACAGAUGCUACGAGUGUGGUGAGAAAGGCCACUAUGCCUAUGACUGUCACCGCUAUAGCCGGCGAAGGAGGAGCAGGUCCCGGUCUAGAUCCCGCUCGAGGUCCCGUGGAAGAAGGUAUUCCCGGUCACGCAGUCGCAGCCGUGGUAGGAGAUCCAGGUCAGCUUCCUACCGCAGGUCCAGGUCGAUCUCUCCUCGUAGAUACAGAUCAUUCUCACCCCGCAGGUCCCGCUCUGGUUCUCUAAGAAGAUCAAGAUCUAGGUCCAGGUCACGCUCCAGGUCCCGGUCUGUUGUAUGGCCUCGAAGCAGGUCUGAGUCUCAUGGUAGAUCUAAAUCUGGCUUACCUGCUAAAAGCCGCUCAAAGUCCAGAUCACCAUCUCCAAAGAGAAGUCACUCACCAUCUGGAAGCCCUUGAAGGAAUGAAAGUCCUAAAAGAAUGGGUUCAAAUUUAAGAAGUUUAGUAAAAAACAUAUUUUGUUUACAUUAUAAGGGAUUUUGUGAUGUAAGGGCUUAGUCCUAGAAGUCUCUUUCUAUUGACUAGCAAUUGGCAUGAAUCUCUAUCUUCUAAAGAAAAGUAUUGUUACCAGACUAAUACAAAGCUCUUCUGUUGUGUUUGUGUUCUGUGAUCUGAAAAUGUUGGGCGCUUUUUUUUUUUAUUUUUAUUGGUGCAUUGAAUUAAACUGCAUUUCUAACUAAUAAA